CUGACAGUUCCUACGCGUUGUUGUUUUGCUCGCUAGCUAGCGUAUCUAACGAAGUCAUUUAGGGUGGCUAGCUUGCUUGCGGUCUAAAUUGGGGUUAUACAGUGGUUAAUUUUCAUUUUCAAUGUGUUUCUCUUAGAUUUAGAAAGCGGUAUAGUUACACAUAUUUGACUAGUCGUGAUAUCAAAGGAGCUGUCACUCCUAUUUAGCUCUCGUGCAGCAUGACUUCUCGGCGACCGGACAAUUUCGAUGGCUUAGGUUACAGAGGUAGAGAGGAUCCUGCUUACAUUGGGGGCUACAGUGGAAGGUCAUUUAAUAAUUCCUCUAGUGUGGACCUGCAGAAUUGGGUAACAACACCGCCAGAUAUUCCAGGUAGCCGAAAUUUACAUUUUGGUGAACGCACGCCCCAAUUUGAGGCGGCCCCUGCAGCACCUUGUGCUGAAGAUACUCUGCCUACGGCUCCUCCAUCCGGUAGGGGACAUCAUCAUUCCAGCAACUCUGACCCUUUUCAUUCACAGCAAUGACGACGACACGAAAUCUUCACUGUCAUGAGUGUUUUAAAUGUGUAAUCACUCUCAGAUGUCUGCUAGCUAGCUAGGCCUGAGAAUAGAGUCAGUGACAACAAUUUGAACUUUACAUGACCUAUGUAACAUACUUAAACUUUAGCGUACGUGUCUUGGUGGCAGAAAAAUACAUACAUUUCUUUGACUUCUUUGCCCUGAAAUCCACGUUUACAAUCAGUUGCCAUUCAUACAAAUUAUUUUUGUUCAGGAUAAGGAUUAAAUUACAUUAAAGUACACAAACAUUGAAGAGAGCACAAACUAGGCCUAGCCUAGAUAUGUUUUUAAAAUGUUUUAUGAGGCACUGUUUUUGAUUGCAUGUACUGUUGGGCUGAUAGAAUCCAACCAACUCAUAUCCAACCAAGUCCAGAAUUACCUACAAGAAGUGAAAAUAAAAAUACAAUGUUGACAGGACUGCCUUUCAAAGCAUCCAUGACGAAAUAACACACAACAGAAACAUGGCAUUUGAACAGACUGACCUGCGCUUAUGGGUUCAGACAAGACCCUAGAGCGAGGGAGUCUAGUGUAGACCUAGGUGCAUUUCUCAAGUAGGUGGAUGAGUCAUAAUGUAUAUUAUAAAGUAGCUUUCCUGGUUAUUUGUGCCUUUAGGUGCAUUUGUGAACAUUGAUUGAUGUCAAUUACACUACAGGGUAAAUCCACUUGAAUUCAAUCCCUUUUCAACAGCAUUCCUUUUUUGAUUCAUAACUUUCCAUAGAUGUUUUCUCAUGGAAGAAGUGGUCAGAAAGUGACUUUUUCGACCUGAAUGCCAAAACAUUAACGAGAUAAAGGUGCUCAAAGUUGACCCAUUUUGCAUACCCCACCAUACCAUGAGACCUGUCUUCAUCACUGGAAAAUAUAAACAGUUGAGUUUGAUGUCAUUUAAAAGCUUACAAACAGUGUUGUCAAAAACCUUAAACCUUUAAUGUCAAUUAUCUAACAACGCAUAAACUCUGAUUUUUUUUCAUGUUCGCAUAUCUUGUAGCUUAGACCCUAUUUCACAUCAUGAGGUUUUUGUGUUGUGCCCGCCAUCGGUUGAGACACAAGAUGCUCUUCCAGUGAUGAAGACAUGGAUGUCUCAUGGUAUGGCUGGCGACACAAGUGAUAGGCCUGAUCACCAACAACGAUGAGACAGCCUAAAGGGAGGAGGAAAAUAACCUCUCCCUCAACGUCAACAAAGCAAAAAAGCUGAUCAUUGACUACAGGAGACAGCCGAGAGAGUCCGCCCCCAUCCACAUCAACAAGGCCGCAGUGGAUUGGGUCAAAAGCUUCAACUUCUUCGGCGCGCACAUCACUGACAACCUGAAAUGGCCCCUUCACACAGACAGCGUAAGGAAGAAGGCGCAACAGCGCCUCUUCAACCUCCAGGAGGCUGAGGAAAUUCGGCUUGGCCCCUAAGGCCUUCACGAACUUCAACAGAUGCACCAUUGAGAGCAUCCUGUUGGGCUGUAUCACCGCCUCGUACGGCAAUUGCACCGUCCGCUACCGCAGGGCUCUCCAGAUGGUGGUGCGGUCAGGCCAACGCAUCACUGGAGGCACACUGCCUGCCUUACCAGACAUGUACAGCACCUUGUGUCACAGGAAGGCCAAAAAAGAUCAUCAAGGACCUCAGCUACCCGAGCCACGGCCUGUUCACCCGCUACCGUCUAGAAGACAGAGACAGUAGAGGUGCAUCAAAGCUGGGACCGAGAGACUGAAAAACAGCUUCUAUCUCCAGGCCAUCAGACUGUUUAACAGUCACCACUAUCCUUAGUCACUGUUCUAGCUGGCUACCACCCGGUACUCUGCCCUCACCUUAGGGUGCGUUCGUCAAUUCACUCUGGCUAUCUACUCUGAUUUCAGAGCACUCUCGUCUGAGUGUGCCAGAGCGCAGAAUAACUGAUGAAUUUACGAACACACAACACCCGUUGAAUAUGACCAGUGUCAGUAAACAUCGGUAAAAAAACGUAAUUAAAUUGCCAGCAGAACAGGUACAGUCACCAACGCUCUGGAUAACAUGAAAACAGCCUAACCAGCUCUGCUAGGGUGAGUAAAGUGAGGUGUUCUCUCAUUUGUGUCUGGAAGUAGCUAGCAAGCUAGCCAACUUUAGCCAGUUAGCUUGGAUGCUUGACUGCCGUUGUGAGGUCAGAAAGCUCACAUCAACCCUACUCCUCGGCCAGAGCGUCCAGUAUGCACUCUGAACGCUCAGAGCGAAAAGCGUCGUCCGGGUUAGUGGAGGGUUUGGCCGGCCGGGAUUUCCAUGUCCCAUCGCGCUCUAGCGACUCCUUGUGGCGGGCCGGGGAGUCGCUAGAUUGCGAUGGGAUAAGGAAAUUCCCGUCUCUAACUGUAACUACCAACUGGAUAUCACGAAAUUGAGGAGGAAAAGGGGUAAAAGUACAAAAAAAUUCAAAUAUAAUGUUUACAUACAAAACACACCAUUAUAUUUAUAUAUUCCCGUCUCUAACAUUGCUUGUUCUGAUAUUUCCGAUAAAAAUAAAAUCUGGAUUAUGUGUGUAUUGUUUUUUAUUUUAUUGCUAGGCAUUACUGCACUGUUGGAGCAAGAAACACAAGCAUUUCGCUGUACCUGCAAAUCUGUGUAUACGACCAAUAACAUUUUGAGGGGUUUUGCGUGUCUUGGUGACUUUACACCUCUGAGUAAUACGUGUGCUUCCCCCGGUGAGGCUGCUCUGCUUGUUUGUAAACAGUAAACACAAUUCGAAGAGUCUUUCUCAGCUACCUAGCCUAUGAUGCUCAAAAUAUUGAGUGACUUGCGUGACUAUGACUUAUUUAUGUAUAACAAUAAAUAAGGUUUUCCAUUAAAUGUUGCUGCUAGAUAUUAAUUCAAAUGUAUAUGUUCUUUCUCUUUCAGAGCAGUUGAACAGAUUUGCUGGAUUUGGUAUCGGGCUUGCAAGGUAAUUCGAUGUUUCAGUAAUUUAGUGGUAGUUCAGCAGUAAAGAGAUGACUAUGAUCCAAUUUGAAUUCAUUAAACAUUCUAUAUACAGUAGAAUGUUUGGGAAAAGGAAAACAGUAAGCCUAUACAGUGCAUUCGGAAAGUAUUCAGACCCCUUGACUUUUUCCACAUUUUGUUACGUUACAGGCAUAUUCUAAAAUGGAUUAAAUAGUUUUUUCCCCUCAUCAAUCUACACACAAUACCCCAUAAUGACAAAGCAAAAACAGGUCUUUAGAAAUGUUUGCUAAUUUAUUAAAAAUAAAAAACAGAAAUAUCACAUUUACAUAAGUAUUCAGACCCUUUACUCAGUACUUUGUUGAAGCACCUUUUGCAGUGAUUACAGCCUCAAGUCUUCUUGGGUAUGACGUAACAAGUUGGCACACCUGUAUUUGGGGAGUUUCUCCCAUUCUUCUCUGCAGAUCCUCUCAAGCUCUGUCAGGUUAGAUGGGGAGCGUCGCUCCACAGCUAUUUUCAGGUCUCUCCAGAGAUGUUCGAUUGGGUUCAAGUCCGGACUAGCUGGGCCACUCAAGGACAUUCAAAGACUUGUCCCGAAGCCACUUCUGCGUUGUCUUGGCCGUGUUCAUAGGGUCGUUGUCCUGUUGGAAGGUGAACCUUCGCCCCAGUCUGAGGUCCUGAGCGCUCUGGAGCAGGUUUUCAUCAAGGAUCUCUCUGUACUUUGCUCCGUUCAUCUUUCCCUCAAUCCCAGUCCCUGCUGCUGAAAAACAUCCCCACAGCAUGAUGCUGCCACCACCAUGCUUCACCGUAAGGAUGGUGCCAGGUUUCCUCCAGACGUGACGCUUGGCAUUCAGGCCAAAGAGUUCAAUCUUGGUUUCAUCAGACCAGAGAAUCUUGUUUCUCAUGGUCUGAGAGUCCUUUAGGUGCCUUUUGGCAAACUCCAAGUGGACUGUCAUGUGCCUUUUACUGAGGAGUGGUUUCCAUCUGGCCACUCUACCAUAAAGGCCUGAUUGGUGGAGUGCUGCAGAGAUGGUUGUCCUUCUGGUAGGUUCUCCCAUCUCCACAGAGGAACUCUGGAGCUCUGUUAGAGUGACCAUCGGGUUCUUUGUCACCUCCCUGACCAAGGCCCUUCUCCCCCGAUUGCUCAGUUUGGCCGGGCGGCCAGCUCUAGGAAGAGGUAGUUCCAAACUUCUUCCAUUUAAGAAUGAUGGAGGCCACUGUGUUCUUGGGGACCUUCAAUGCUGCAGACAUUUUUUGGUACCCUUCCCCAGAUCUGAGCCUCGACACAAUCCUGUCUCGGACCUCUACGGACAAUUCUUCCGACCUCAUGGCUUGGUUUUUGCUCUGACAUGCACUGUGUGUGUGUGCCUUUCCAAAUCAUGUCCAAUCAAUUGAAUUUACCACAAGUGGACUCCAAUCAAGUUGUAGAAACAUCUCAAGGAUGAUCAAUGGAAACAGGAUGCACCUGAGCUCAAUUUCGAGUCUCAUAGCAAAGGGUCUGAAUACUUAUGUAAAUAAGGUAUUUCUGUUUUUUAUUUGUAAUAAACUUGCAAACAUUUCUAAACACCUGUUUUCACUUUGUCAUUAUGGGGUAUUGUGUGUAUAUUGAUGAGACUUUUUAUUUAUUUAAUCCGUUUUAGAAUAAGGCUGUAACGUAACAAUGUGGAAGAAGUCAAGUAUGUACAGUGCCUUCAGAAAGUAUUCAUACACCUCGACUUAUUCCACAUUUUGUUGUUACGGCCUGAAUUCAAAAUUGAUUAAAUCGAUACACACAUUAUGCCAUAAUGACAAAGUGAAAACAUGUUUUUUAGAAAUGUUUGCUAAUUUAUUGAAAAUGAAAUACAGAAAAAUCUAAUUUACAGAGUGAAAAGGAAGCCUGUACAGAACAAAAAUAUUCCAAAACAUGCAUCUUGUUUGCAACAAGGCACUAAAGUAAUACUACAAAAAAUGUGGCAAAGCAAUUCACUUUUUGUCCUGAAUACAAAAUGUUAUGUUUGGGGCAAAUCCAACACAACACGUUACUGAGUGCCAUUCUCUAUAUUUUCAAGCAUAGUGGUGGCUGCAUCAUGUUAUGGGUAUGCUUGUAAUCGUUAAGGACUGGGGAGUUUUUCAGUUUAAAAAAUGAAACAGAAUGGAGCUAAGCACAGGCAAAAUCUUAGAGGAAAACCCUCCCCUAACCCGGACAACGCUGGGCCAAUUGUGCGCCGCCUCAUGGGUCUCCCGGUCGCAGCCGGCUGCAACACAGCCUGGGAUCAAACCCGGUCUGUAGUGACGCCUCAAGCUCUGCGAUGCAGUGCCUUAGACCGCUGCGCCACUCAGGAGGUCCGACUGAGGGACCUUACAGAUAAUUGUAUGUGUGGGUACAGAGAUGAGGUAGUCAUUAAAAAAUAAUGUUAAACACUAUUAUUGCACACAGAGUGAGUCCAUGCAACUUAUUAUGUGACUUGUUAAGCACAUCUUUACUCCUGAACUUAUUUAGGCUUGCCAUAAGAAAGAGGUUGAAUACUUAUUUACUCAAGACAUUUCAGCUUUAUAUAUUUAAUUAAUUUGUAAAAUUUCAAAAAACAUAAUUCCACUUUGACAUUAUGGGGUAGGGCGUGUAGGCCAGUGACACAAUCUCAAUUUAAUCAAUUUUAAAAUCAGGCUGUAACACAACAGAAUGUGGAUAAAGUCAAGGGGUGUGAAUUCUUUCUGAAGGCACUGUAUUCACACCAUGUCUUCUUCUUCCAGUCUCUUUACUGAAAAUGUCCUGGCUCACCCUUGCAUUGUGUUUCGUCGUCAGUGCCAGGUAAGCCUACGGUCAUCCAUGCAGUAUAAGCCACAAUUCACAUGUUCAGAGACUGUAUGUGUUCCACCCUUAGGCUUUGGUGUAAUCUGUAGACUCAUAACUUUCUACAAUACAGUACAUCAAUCUUCCGGGUGUAUCACAGUUUUACCUCCAGUGUGCUUGAAGUAAGUAUUAAUGAAGUAAGAUGACAUAAACUGUAAUAAUAAAUGAAUUAUUCCUUAUUCUGUUUGUUUGUGGCUUCCAGGUCAAUUAUCACGCCAGGUGCUAUCAUCUGUCCCCAUUGACUGCUGUCAGUGUGAUGUAUAAUGUCACCAAGAGUCAGGUAUUAAAUUCUUUUCACAAACCCAAAACCCAACAUUCACAAAUAGGUCUAACAAAUAUCACACAAGCAAAAUGUUGAAAAUGUGAAUUUGGGGCUAACAUGUUGUUUUAAUGCUGGUAUAUUGUUGUGAAUUGUCUGCUUGCAGGGUCCUAAGGUCUUAUGGAAAGGAAUGGGCAGCACCUUUGUGGUACAGGGAGUCACACUGGGAACAGAAGGCAUCAUAAGUGAAUGCACUCCACUACCACGGUAUGCAUUUACUGUUGGAUGAUAUUUGAGACAAGAAACCUAGCCAACGGGAUUAUUGCCUAUAUUAGUCAUUGCCCUUAGUCAUCGCCUGAUCGCCCACCAUAUCUUUGACAAGACUUCAACAAACAAAAAUAAAAUGUUUGUAUUGCUGUUGAUAAAAAUCGAGCACAGCAUCAAUAGCAAGUCAUCCUUUAAAUGGCGUUAGGUGUCAAACUUCCAGUCACAAUGUGACCUCUGGCCACUACCAGAACAUGCUGGAGGUGGGUGAUUAUACUCAGAGGCCAUAUCUAUCAGCUUCCAAGGGUUCCAGUGAGAUGAGCAGGACAUUCCAGUACCAAAAUCAAAGACCACUAAGAGCUUUAAAUGAAUGAAAAAAAAACUGACAUAAAACAAAACUAUAGAGUAUACUUCAACAAUAAGUGUUCAAACAAGACAAAAACUAGUUUAAACCAGCCUUUUUUUAUUCUUAAAAAUCACAAUCAUGUUAAAUCGCCUUAUUUGAACAUAUGAAAUAAAUGAAUACUAACUGUUUGUUACCUGGUACCAUGGAUAGAGGCCUGACUUUGUUUGUUUGUUCUCAGAGAAUUAUCCCACAAAUGGAACCCCAAGCAAGUUAUUGGGCAUUUGGUUCUAAAAGGGUAAUAACAUGUAUUUUCUUUCCUAUAUAAUGAAUGGUUUUCAUACUGUAUAAUGUAGUGACUUACAAGUAUCUGUAUAGUAAGUGAUAAUUUAAUUGCAUAACUAUUGAGUGCAUAUUCCUAUAAUUAUAAAAACUGUGCAGUGUAAUUGAGAAGGGACUUAACAUUUAGUAGAUGCUGUUAUCAGAUGGUGUUGAGAUCUUUAUCCCAGUAGAAUUCUUUGAUCUUAUGACCAGUCAUUGUGUAUCUCUCCUUUUUACAGUUUGACCUGUGUGGUUGCCAUGCCAUUUUACUCAGCAAGCCUCAUUGAAACUGUGCAGGUGAGUGUGUCCACACUUCAUACUUACUGUGUAUGAAUGAUGAUCCCUUUCUGGUCUGUUGUAUUUUGGCCAUCCUUAUCUUGUCCAUCGUUAUCUCUUCUAUAACUCCCCUUCACAUUCUAACUGACUUUAGGUGAGUUUCCCAACAACAUAAAGAUAAUCUUUAGCGUGAAGAUCACUGUUCAUCCAUUGUCUAACAAAGAUAAAUAUGACUUUAUGUUUUUGUGAAACUCAACCUUUAACAGUAUCAAAGAAUCAGUCAAUUUCUCCAUUCCUUCACAGAGCUGGUCUUUUCAUCCAAACACACAUGCAGAGAUCAUUUCAGGCCGUUCUGUAUUAACCAUUUACUAUAUGCGCCACACCUAUACUGUCCCUUGUCGUGCGUCCCCAGAGUGAGAUCAUCCGGGACAACCCUGGCAUCCUGGACUGUGUGAAGGAGGGUGUGGGCCGGGUCAUGGGAAUGGGCAUCCCCCACAGCAAGCGCCUGCUGCCCCUGUGGGGCCUAAUGCUCCCCACCGUGCUCCACGGGGUCCUCCACUAUGUGGUGAGCUCCACCGUGCAGAGGCUGGUUCUCUUCCUCCUGCGCCGGAGGAGUCCGGCCAAGCAGCCCGUGGACGGCUCGGAGACGGUCCAGACCAUGCUGGACGCCUACUUCCCCGAACUCAUGGCAAGUUUCGUGGCCAGUCUGUGUGCCGACGUCCUCCUCUAUCCGCUGGAGACGGUGAUGCACAGGCUCCACAUCCAGGGCACGCGCACCAUCAUCGACAACACAGACCUGGGCUUUGAGGUCCUGCCCAUCAACACGCAGUAUGAAGGCAUCCGGGACUGUGUAAAUGUGAUCCGGCGAGAGGAGGGAGCCCUGGGAUUCUACAAGGGCUUCGGCUCCAUCGUGGUGCAGUACUCGCUACACGCCGCCGUGCUGCAGAUCACCAAGGUGAUCUAUUCCACCUUGCUGCAAAACGCUUAAAGAAAAACAAUGCAAAAUAUUCAUAAAUGUUAGUUUGACUUGGUGGUUGCCCCCUUGGAACCCUGUUUUUUUUUCAUGCCAGUCAGAGUUGUGCUCAUUCCAGAAAAUGUUGUCACUAAAAUACCAAAAUAUUUAUUCUGUCCAGAAGCACAUUUCAAGUGUUUUGCAGAGAGUGGUGUUCCUCACGUAAUUGUCAGCACUUCCACAAAGCACUGAAUAAUAAUAUGUACUAUAACGCAUGGAAUCAAUAAAUAUCCCCAAUGGUCAUAGAAGGAAAUACACCUAACUUGCAUCUGUCAAACUAACUCAUCCUGGCAUCAUUUAUGUGAAUUAUCAGUCAGUAAUCACACUUUUUUUCUGGUGUUUCUCAUCUGAAAGGAUCUAAUUUCUACAUUGUAUGAAUGUGGCAAUUUGUUGCUUUUGGGUUUGUGUUAGCACUAGCAGAGGAUGGGUUGUGCCAAUUUAUUCAGAAAUGUAUGUACAGAAUGUCUUUAAAUUAUUAUUUGCUUUACGAGUGAUAAUGUAUGUGUGUAAAUAUGUGGCGGUGGGUGGGUAAAAUCACUGGGGAAGCCAGAAAAAAAAGCCAUAUUAAAACCUAUGUGUUGUGAUAAUUGCGUUGUUUGCUCUAUAACCUGUAAGUUCAUAUGCCUUUCGACCGUGAUAUAUAUAUAUAGGCCUAAAGGCCGAGACAAUAAGAAGACACAGUGGCAGAAUAAAUUCAACCACACCUUUGUUUCAUCACAAAACCGGAAAGCAACCUCUGUCCGGUGAAGUCCACAAAGCAUAUUGCAUGUAACAAACAGUUACGUGACCUACAGCAUGGUCAAGUAAGUUAAUGUUUCAGACAUUUUCGGACCACUAAACAACUAUUGAUUUAGAACCACGGAGUUACCACAAAGAAAACGAGCUGCCUCCACUAUUCUAGCACCAUUUCAACUUCAACAUUUCAACGUCAUCAAAUCACCUAUGCUUAGUCUAAUACAGUGACAACUAAAAGAUACCAACAACGAUUUAGUCCAAUUAACGUAAGCUAAAUACGAUGUGGCUGUCCAUGGUUCUGAUUUGUGUGUGUGCGCGCGUUUGUGCAAGUAGAAAAAACAUGUUGACUCACUCUACUUGUAGAGAAACGCCAACGCCAUCCUCUUCUCUUUCAUGGUGACGAAACUGUCAAUCACUCUGUCAUACAGUACACGUUUAUUUUUUGUUGUCCUAAGCUACCUGGCUAAAAUGCUUGCUCGCUAGCCUAACUUCCUUUCAUGGGCAAUGAUGCUAGUUAAUAUCAAUCAAAUUCAAUCAAUCAAAUGUAUUUAUAAAGCCCUUUCUACAUCAGCAGAUGUCACAAAGUGCUAUACAGAAAUCCAGCCUAAAACCCCAAACAGCAAGCAAUGCAGAUGUAGCUUACUACAUCUAGCUACAUGUUGAACUUCCAUCCUCUCAGGCCAGGGGCACAAUAUAUGAAUUAAUGGUUGGAUCAGAAUCGCCUUUAUAAUCAAUCCAGUACGGAGAAUUAAGUAAAACCACAACUCCAGAUAUGCAUCUCCAUCCAAGGGCCAAUUUUAGCUAGCUAGCUAGCCACCGGAGAACAACAACACAACCAGAUGCAACAAUUCAAGUUGUUUCUGUCAAUGACGUCUGCUCUCGAUGCGAUUUGAUAGGAGUGACGCCAAAUCCAAACUGGCUUCCUUUUUUGGUGCGCCAGGACCAUUCACAGUUGAGCUCGUUCAGUUUAGCUCAACGCUGAUUGGCUAUUAUUUUAUACCUUUUUUUUUUAUCAAGGGAGGCCAAAUGCUCGCUGGCUUCCCUUGCAUUCAAUGCUACGGGCAGCAACAAUGUCAUACUCUUUUGGACCAGAGAGCAUCAGAUAGAUGGCCUACACAUAGAGGGGCGCUGUUUCGCUCGCUCGGUUUGCUUUCUCCGGUGAGAUACUUUUAUAUAUAUAGUGUAUUUGGACACCCCUUCAAAUUAGUGGAUUCGGCUAUUUCAGCCACACCGUUGCUGACCGGUGUAUAAAAUCGAGCACACAGCCAUGCAUUUUCCAUAGACAAACAUUGGCAGUAGAAUGGCCUUACUGAAGAGCUCAGUGACUUUCAACGUGGCACCGUCAUAGGAUGCCACCUUUCCAACAAGUCAGUUCUGUGGGGAUUUAUUAUUCUCAUAGAUGGAUGGGAUGACUAGCUUGGAAGGAAUGCAUUAAUGAUUAAGGCAUGGAGGGUCUGUACUGUGCUGAUGUGGGUUGUUUCACCUGGCAAGCUGUGAUUGAUGUGAGGAGCUGUUUUAGGGGGUAAGAUGAGAUAAGAAUUUGUGUCUCCAAAUACUAGACUAUACUGCUUCUUUGUGAUCUGUGAACCUUCCUUGGACGUAGGAAUGGUGUCUAGGGGAGCUGGCUCUUCUCACCAUGACAGGUUGUUAUGAUAAGAACUUAUGCCUGGCAACGGUGGAGCGCCAAGAGGCUGGGACUAGCCUGUGCGCCAACGGAUUGGCUGAGUAAGUCUAAACCACGCUCAGUCUCUACCCUGAUCGGCCCAGCAGAGAGCGGGAACUAAAAACUGUCCGAGUAUUUUAAGGAGCACCUGUAACAAUGGAUUAGUUCUCUGAAUGCCCUGCGUGGUACUUCAGUAGACCCGUAUAUACGAACCUCAUAUUUACCAUUGAAGGUUUUGCAUUAAUUAAAAUACUAGUCUAUUUAGAAGACGUGUAUUGACCUCUUUUGUUCCUAAUACCAGAUUUGAAUUGACGCAACUUAACAUUUCUGCCCUACUAGAUCUGCCCCGGUCAACUGUAAGUGCUGUUAUUGUGAAGUGGAAACGUCUAGGAGCAACAACGGCUCAGCCGCGAAGUGGUAGGCCACACAAGCUCACAGAACAGGAUUGCUGAGUGCUGAAGCGCAUAGCGCUUAAAAAUCUUCUGUCCUCGGUUGCAAGUCUCACUACCGAGUUCCAAACUGCCUCUGGAAGCACAAUAACUGUUCGUCGGGAGCUUCAUGAAAUGGGUUUCCAUGGCCGAGCAGCCGCACACAAUCCUAAGAUCACCAUGUGCAAUACCAAGCGUUUGCUGGAGUGGUGUAAAGCUUGCCUUCAUUGGACUCUGGAGCAGUGGAAACGCGUUCUCUGGCGUGAUGAAUCACGCUUUACCAUCUGGCAGUCCGACGGACUAAUCUGGGUUUGGCGGAUGCCAGGAGAACACUACCUGCCCACAUGCAUAGUGCCAACUGUAACGUUUGGUGGAAGAGGAAUAAUGGUCUGGGGCUGUUUUUCAUGGUUCGGGCUAGGCUCCUUAGUUCCAGUGAAGGGAAAUCUUAAAGUUACAGCAUACAAUGACAUUCUACACGAUUCUGUGCUUCCAACAUUGUUGCAACAGUUUGGGGAAGGCCCUUUCCUGUUUCAACAUGACAAUGCCCCCGUGCACAAAGCGAGGUCCAUACAGAAAUGGUUUGUCGAGAUCGGUGUGGAAGAACUUGACUGGCCUGCACAGAGCCCUGACCUCAACCCCAUCGAACAUCUUUGGGAUGAAUUGUAACGGCAACUGCUAGCCAGGCCUAAUCGCCCAACAUGAGUGCCCGACAUCACUAAUGCUCUUGUGGCUGAAUGGAAGCACGUCCUCGCAGCAAUGUUCCAACAUCUAGUGAAAAGCCUUCCCAGAAGAGUGGAGGCUGUUAUAGCAGCAAAGGGGGGACCAACUCCAUAUUAAUGCCUAUGAUUUUGGAAUGAGAUGUUCGACGAGCAGGUGUCCACAUACUUUUGGUCAUGUAGUGUACAUUCAGCCUCUUGCGAAUUAAAGGAACAUUAUGAAACACAGAGACGAAAGAUAAAUUAUUUUAAAUGUUAUUUUUGUUCGUUUUUUUUGUCCUUUUUUUGAGGAAGCCUGGCUUCCUUUGGCAUCCAUGAAUACACGCCACUGGUAGGUACAGUGAGGGAAAAAAGUAUUUGAUCCCCUGCUGAUUUUGUACGUUUGCCCACUGACAAAGAAAUGAUCAGUCUAUAAUUUUAAUGGUAGGUUUAUUUGAACAGUGAGAGACAGAAUAACAACAAACAAAUCCAGAAAAACGCAUGUCAAAAAUGUUAUUAAUUGAUUUGCAUUUUAAUGAGGGAAAUAAGUAUUUGACCCCUCUGCAAAACAUGACUUAGUACUUGGUGGCAAAACCCUUGUUGGCAAUCACAGAGGUCAGAUGUUUCUUGUAGUUGGCCACCAGGUUUGCACACAUUUCAGGAGGGAUUUUGUUCCACUCCUCAUUGCAGAUCUUCUCCAAGUCAUUAAGGUUUCGAGGCUGACGUUUGGCAACUCGAACCUUCAGCUCCCUCCACAGAUUUUCGAUGGGAUUAAGGUCUGGAGACUGGCUAGGCCACUCCAGGACCUUAAUGUGCUUCUUCUUGAGCCACUCCUUUGUUGCCUUGGCCGUGUGUUUUGGGUCAUUGUCAUGCUGGAAUACCCAUCCACGACCCAUUUUCAAUGCCCUGGCUGAGGGAAGGAGGUUGUCACCCAAGAUUUGACAGUACAUGGCCCCGUCCAUCGUCCCUUUGAUACGGUGAAGUUGUCCUGUCCCCUUAGCAGAAAAACACCCCCAAAGCAUAAUGUUUCCACCUCCAUGUUUGACGGUGGGGAUGGUGUUCUUGGGGUCAUAGGCAGCAUUCCUCCUCCUCCAAACACGGCGAGUUGAGUUGAUGCCAAAUAGCUCCAUUUUGGUCUCAUCUGACCACAACACUUUCACCCAGUUCUCCUCUGAAUCAUUCAGAUGUUCAUUAACAAACUUCAGACGGGCCUGUAUAUGUGCUUUCUUGAGCAGGGGGACCUUGCGGGCGCUGCAGGAUUUCAGUCCUUCACGGCGUAGUGUGUUACCAAUUGUUUUCUUGGUGACUAUGGUCCCAGCUGCCUUGAGAUCAUUGACAAGAUCCUCCCGUGUAGUUCUGGGCUGAUUCCUCACCGUUCUCAUGAUCAUUGCAACUCCAUGAGGUGAGAUCUUGCAUGCCGCCCCAGGCCGAGGGAGAUUGACAGUUAUUUUGUGUUUCUUCCAUUUGCGAAUAAUUGCACCAACUGUUGUCACCUUCUCACCAAGCUGCUUGGCGAUGGUCUUGUAGCCCAUUCCAGCCUUGUGUAGGUCUACAAUCUUGUCCCUGACAUCCUUGGAGAGCUCUUUGGUCUCUUUGGUCUUGGCCAUGGUGGAGAGUUUGGAAUCUGAUUGAUUGAUUGCUUCUGUGGACAGGUGUCUUUUAUACAGGUAACAAACUGAGAUUAGGAGCACUCCCUUUAAGAGUGUGCUCCUAAUCUCAGCUCGUUACCUGUAUAAAAUACACCUGGGAGCCAGAAAUCUUUUCUGUCUCUCACUGUUCAAAUAAACCUACCAUUAAAAUUAUAGACUGAUCAUGUCUUUGUCAGUGGUCAAACGUACAAAAUCUGCAGGGGAUCAAAUACUUUUUUCCCUCACUGUAUGUAUCAAGUUGUUCACAUUUUGGUAUCCACAGAGUACAUUACAAAUGAACAGUACAUUUAGGAACAUUUCAAAGGUAUGUAGUGCGAGAGUAGGAACAUGAACAGAAAAAAGUAUAAUUUAUGCGAGUGGGUGAUUGAGUUCAGGGAUUUUAAAUUAUUGAACUGUCUCUUUUGUAAAUGUUUUAGGACCAUACGGAGCUCAGAGUAGGGAAAUGUAUAAGAUCAUUUGUUCAUCGCUUCAGAACCUUGCUGAAAAUAAAUGUCUGACAUAUUCUUUGCUUUUGUGUAUUUGAACAAUGAGUU